GCCAUGAGCUCUGAUUUCGACGAGAAGGAUUUGCACCAGGGCAUUAUUUUUGCGCUCCACCUGACUCCCACGCUACGUGGCCAUGUGGCUAGGAUCAUGUCUUGUGUGGGCGGUUUGAUUAGGGACCUUGCCAAGACACAGCCCAACACGGGGCUCGGGUGCUUCAUCUUCAACUGCAGCAGAAAGGACGCGUCGGUCGACGGCAUACUGCCCGUUUUCGAACUGCAAGAUAUAAGUAUCGACCAAUUGCAGACGGUAGAGCAGUUUGAUGGAGACUCUGUGGAGAUGCUCGAGGAAAAUCCGGAAAUCAAUUAUGGGGAGCAGCUUGCCCGCAUGCUGCAGGUCGCACGCGACAACUUUGUGGCCCCCCCACGCUUCACCAAACCGUACACUGUCCGUCGCAUCUUUCUGUUCUCGGACUGUGAUCGGCCCUUUAACGGCAACACCUCGCGCAAAAUCACCCUCUGGAACAUCCUCAACGACCUCAGUCUGGAAAAAAUCAAUAUCACCCCGUUUCUGCUUGCCAACAAGCCCGACUUCGAUCUUUCUGAGUAUCAGACUAUAUUUGAGACUCUUGAUCAGUUCCGGCCCGCUGUCGAGAAGCUGGAUAUCGAUCAGGUGGAAGACAAAAUUCUGCGGACCAAGGAACUCAGACGCACUUCCUUCAGAUGCACCAUGGCGCUAAGAGACAUCAAGAUAUCUGUCCAAGGAUGCCCACUGUUCAAAGAGCCUCGGUUGCAGAGCCCCUACCGUUUUUUCGACGACAACGGCACGUACCGGUACGUGGAGUCGCAGUCAGUGAAGCUGGACACCGCUACGGGCGCCAAGGUCGAUGACGACCACGUUGUAUCCACUAUUGGCUUUAACGACCAGCAUGCUAUGCUAAACAGAGACCUUAUAGCAAAGCCGUUCGACAACGAGAACAAACCUGUGCUGCAGAUUGUCGGGUUCCGCAAAAUCGAGUACUAUGUGCACCACUAUGCGAUCGGAACGCCCGCGCUGGUCACUCCAAGCGACUUAGAACAGUAUACGCACUCACGUCGUUCUUUCUCGGCGCUGUAUCAGACACUCGCAGCAAAACGCAAAAUGGCUCUUGCGUGGGGGUCCACGCGCAAAAACCAGGCCCCCGCAUCGUACUACCUGGUCCCCACCGCUGCUUCUCUGGGGUAUACCACCGGCAUAGAACCGUACCCUGAGGGCCUUGCGCUUAUCCCACUCCCCUUCAAAGACGACAUCCGAUGCCUACCCGGAUAUUUGCUGCAGAUGGAGCCGAGUGCACCAAUUUUCCCUAAUCAGAUUGAAGACCUGGUUACAGAAAUAAUAGACAUAUGUAAGCCGCUACCUAACCCGCAGGUCGAGUGGUAUUUCAAGGUGUUGGAAGACCAUCUUUUGCAGCGUGAGGUUGAUUACGAUCCGCAGGUACCACUGGAAAUACAGAAACAGCAGAUGAUCAAUAGCCAGGACCAGCUAAAGAAAAAAUGCAUGGAGCUACGCAACCGGUUGAAAGACUCCAAGAAAUUGAGCUUACUAGUGGCGGCGGUGCGCGCAGAGCUGAACAGAGUGGACAAUUUCCAGCAGCUGAACAUACAGCCCACACGUGAGGACAAAAAGGCCAUGCUAUUGACCGACGAUAUCGUGCUCAAAGCCUACAAGCUUGGACAGAUGAACGACUUUACCGCGGACCAGCUGAAGGUGUACGUGAACUCGAAGGCAAACCUGAUUCCGAAGGCCAAGACCAAGAAGGAGAUGCUGGAGAAUAUCACGGACUACUUGGAUCGGACGGUGGGCUGAGAAUUGUGUAGACGGACCAGACAGCUUUGUAGGCUGGUGUGGCGUGGAAACCUACCUCCGCCGGAGACCUCUCCUAAAACCCCAAAAAUUGACGGUGAAAAAAAUUCUGGCUUGUGUUUUUGUACACGAUGGAGUGGACGCGCGAGCAGACAUUGUAUCUGCUAAAUCUAAUAUGCUACCACAAACCGCUUGGCGAAGAGCGGGAGGCGAGCUAUGCAACCAUAAUCAAGCUUCUGGGCGAGAAGUUUCCCCAAUUCAGUGUCACCAAGAGCGAUGUGACGCGGCAGCUAAACAAGUACUAUAAUCUGAAGGGACUAGAGAAAUUGGACGAGGACGAGAGCGACGAGGUGGUAGGCGACGAAGAAAAGCGCGAGGAUUCGUUGGCGUCGCGGACAAGACGGAAGUCAAAGGACGAGUCGAGGGCGAAGGAGGCGCAGGUAAAGAGCGAGGAGCCUGAGAGCGGCAAGGAGACGCCCGAGACGCCGGCUACUCGUCGGCGCACGCGACGUAACAAGGCAGAGACAGCAGCAGAGCCGGAGGAGGAGACAGAGGCGAAGGAGGGCGUGAGAACGCGGCGUCGUGUGGCGGUGGAGCCAGCGGAGGCGAGCGACGACGAACGGGACAAGCCGGAGGAGGCCGAGCCCGAAAAGACGCCAAAAAGACGGGUUUCGCGCAAGCCACGGACGGACGAGGAGAGCGAGAGCGAGGAGAAAGAGAAGGCGUCGCGAAGCGGGCGUAAGAAACGGGUGAAGCUAAAGGAGGAGGCGGCCGAGACAGAGGAGACAAUGGCUGCCCAGAGCAGCAGCGACGAGGAGGAGAAAAAGGGCAUGCAGACGCGUCGCAAGAGCAUGCGAGAGGAGAAGAAGCCGCGCACACGCACGACGAGACGGAACCUGAAGAAGGAGAUUGAGCAGGAGGCAGAUAACGAUGCAGAGGAGGAGGAAAAGGCGGACGAAAACGAGGGGCCCGAUGUGCAGGACGACAUGGACGACGAGGAGAGUGCCGAGGACGAGGAACUGGACGAGGAGG